AUGUUUUGUUCCCAAGAUAUAGCUUUUAAAUCAAUAAAGAAACGAUUUGGCGCUUUUUUUUCAAGCUCUCUCGGUCCUCUUUUAACAGUUUUUAUUACUACUAUUUUCUUUCACAUUCAUUUCUCGAUUGUAUUUAUCUAUCUUGCUUUUUUUUGUUUCUUUUUUUUCCAUUCGCACUACAUAUCUAUCUUCUCUCUCACUCCCUUUUGGCACAGUUAUAUCUUUUCUGUGAUUCUUUCUCUCUUUCUUUCUCUCUUUCUUUCUCUCUUUCUUUCUCUCUUUCUUUCAUCUUUUCACUCUCUCUCAGCUUUCUUUCUACUUUUUCAUUUUGUAUCCUGUCUUUAUCCCUCCUCUCUCUGUCGCUUUUUAUUCUUUCUCUCCCUUUCUUUCUCUCCCUCUCUCUUGAAACUGUUUCUGUUCAUCUCCUGUUUUUCUACACGUCCCUCUUUCUUUCUACUGUGUCUCUUUAUUGCCUAUCUUUAUCUCCCCAUUCUCUAUCUCUCUUUAUUUCUACUGUUUCUGCUUGUCAUUCUCCAAUUCUUUCUCUGUUUUUCUUUCUGCUGUUUCUGUUUAUCUCCUGUCUUUUUUAUACCCUCUCUUUCAUUCUUUCUACUGUUUCUUUUAUCUCCUUUCUUUCUCCUCCUAUUCACUCUCUUUCUUUCUACUUUUUCUUUAUAUCUACAUUUCUUUCUCUCCCCCCUCUCCCUCAAAAAUAACAUUAAGCAGAAAAUAUUUUCUUUUUCUCCUCAUCCACACCAAUCUGUUUCUUCCUCGCUUAAUAAACAACAAAAACUUUGUCCACCUCUUUCCAUCUUUCAACUGUUUCUGUUCAUCUGCCUUUCUUCCCUUCUCACUCUUUCUUUCUACUCUUUCUGUUCAUCUGCCUUUCUUCCCUUCUCACUCUUUCUUUCCACUGUUUCUAUUCAUCUCCUGUCCUUCUUCCCCUCUCACUCUUUCUUUCUACUCUUUCUGUUCAUCUGUCUUUCUUCCCUUCUCACUCUUUCUUUCUACUCUUUCUGUUCAUCUCCUGUCCUUCUUCCCCUCUCCCUCUUUCUUUCUACUCUGUCUUAUUUUGUAUGGAAUUAG